UUUUGACGACGGGUUGGCAGUGGUAUACGUCGAGGAGCAUCCAACGCGCGCGCAUAUAUAAGUAUCGCGACUCUUUGCUCGAAAUGACCUCCACAAACACCCCCAAGCCGCCCACCUUCAUCCCCAGUCAUUCUGCUCAACCCCAACCACCACCAUGAAGAUAACCCAACUCCUCCCCCUCCUGUCCGCCACCCUGUCCCUCGCGACAGCCAAUCCCUCCCUCUGCGGUCCGGACGAGGCCGUCAUCUUCCUGAAAAACGGCACCUCGACGACCGUCAAAAAAGCCGAUCUCGCCUCUCACCUGCACGGGCUCAACUUCCUCCCAGCCAACGCAACCAGCGCCCUCCCACGGGUCAUCAAGACCGACUCCCCCCCCUCCAGGAACAACAACACCACCCACGCCAAACGCGGCUCCAGCACAACCCUCAUCGUGCCGCUCUCCGACCUCGACUUCCUCGGCUGGGACGUCAGCAUGUCGACGGUCGUGCACGCCAACGAAGCCGCCGCCACCGUCGCCAUCGCGGCCGGCCAGAUGAUCGCCAACAGCGUGACGACCGGCACCAGCGCCGACUUCACCCUGGUCAAGGACUUCCUGUCCGUGUCCACCAGCACCAGCUACCAGGACACCACCACCAGCACGCUGACCGGCACGGUCACCAUGACGAUCCCCGAGAACAGGUGGGGGGCGAUCGUCAGCAACCCGCUGACGCAUCGCAAGAGGGGCUAUGUCUUUACGGGCGAGCCGGGAAGUGGCACGUUCUCGUACUAUCAGGCCGAUUCGUUUGAUGAUGCCACGUUCUCGUACUCUGGGGGAAGCUUGGCGUGGGUCAAGGGCGUGGUGACUACCUGUUUGGGCGAUACGUAUCCGUUGCCGAAGUGUGAGGGGGAUGGCACGAUUGAGUAAUUCUUUAUAUAUAUAUAUAUAUAUAUAUAUAU